GCCGGCCAGAUUGCGCAGCGUCGGUUGGCGCGGGGCUUGCGCCUGAACCAUCCGGAGGCCGUUGCCUUGCUCACAAGCCAGAUGAUGGAGUUCAUACGGGACGGCCUCUCUGUGUCGGCCCUUAUGGACCUGGGUAAGACGCUGCUGGGAAGGCGGCAGGUCUUGCCAGGAGUUGAGAAGCUCAUUCCCGAUGUACAG